AUGCCACACAAGCUCAUAUCAGAAAAUGUUUUCCAUCCGACCACGCCUACCGACAGCACAGCAGGACUGGAUUAUAUCCUCCCAGCCUCAUACAGAGACGACGAGCUGUCUCUGCAUACCCCACUAAGCGAAAUCUCCCAAUUCCUCCUUCUGGACCUCUCAGUCCAGCGCCUGAAUAAGAUCGACAGCUACCUAUGGCUAGCAGGCCGUCCAAUGCCGCCUCGACCGUUAAACUACCAAAUCUCAGUAUCGCGCGAGAUAAUCCUCGACGAAAAGGCCGACAUGCACCUCGUCUGGGGGCCUAAUCGACACAUCCACAUCAAACCCCUACCCCGAUAUCUCCUAGACUCCAAUUUCUGGGCUGCGCAUAUAGUCUGCGAAGAGCAUGGCUCGGCCUCAUUCAGCCAACAACAACCACAGUCACAGCUACUAGCCAAGAGAAUCCCCAACCACAAAACCUCAGACUCAGGGGCUGUCACAGUCAUCACCUGCCAGAAAUGCGACCUCACAAAAUCCGCCCUGGGCUUCUUAAGCUCUUACAUAGCCCUGAUGCAAUACCCAAGCGACUUCGCAAUCGCCAAAGCAAGCAACCUCCUCCCAGACUCCCUCACCUGGUCCACAUGGCGCAGUCUAGUUCAAAACCUGAUUUCGACUGAUAGCAUACGCCCGAGCAAGAUCAACAACCGCUACAACUUCGGCGAACUGCGCUUGUCACGCUUGGACAAGAUUUAUGUCUUUUGUCGUGGGCAUCUCCUGCGCGGGUAUCGGUCCAGGUACCAGACCUAUGACGAGUUGUUCCAGUCGUAUCUGACGCUCAUUACGGCGACGACGGUGUACAUUGCGCUUGCUCUGACAGCCAUGCAGGUGGGACUGGGUACCAAUCGGUUGGCGCAGAAUUCGGCGUUUCAAAAUGCUUCUUAUGGGUUUACUGUUUUUUCGAUUUUGGGGCCGCUGUUGUUGCUGUUCCUUGUCAUUUUGGUGGCUUUUGCUCAUCUUGCAACGAAUGCGCUGGCGACUAUCUUCUUUAAGAAGGAACGGUUUCUGUUCUUGAAAAAGAGGAGCACUGUGGGAGCGUAG